GUGAUUUUCCAUUGCAGGUCGUUGACAGUCACUGCAGAAAUUUAUGAGAUCUCGUAGGGGAUUUCAUGGGUUCUCUUCCCAAACCCCCUCUGUUUUGCUUAAAAUGGCCAUGGGAUAUUGUUCAUCAGAACCCUAGUAACCCGAAUACCUGCAACUUUGAGGCUCCUUGGCUUUUUACAUCAUUUAAAAAUCUUGGCUCUAUAGCUUUCCAAUUUGUCAACUCCGUUUCCCACUCUCGAAAUCCAUGGAUGAAAACCCCAUUCCAAGUAGAUGCGAAAAUGGGCCAAACAAACAGCUUGUUGAAGAGGAAGAAGAAGGGCUUGACUCCUGAAGAACAAGGAGAGGCAGAACACAGAGCUUUAGCAUCUGCACUGACAAGUGGGAAAGAGGCCACUGUUAUUGAAUUCUACUCGCCCAAGUGCAGCCUCUGCAAUUCGUUGCUUAGUUUUGUCUUGGAAGUAGAAGCUAGGAAUUCCGACUGGCUCAAUAUUGUCAUGGCAGAUGCGGAGAACGAGAAAUGGUUGCCUGAGCUCCUCCAUUAUGACAUAAAGUAUGUUCCUUGCUUUGUUUUGCUGGACAAAUACGGGAGAGCGCUUGCAAAAACUGGUGUUCCAAGCAGUCGUCUGCAUGUAGUGGCAAGCGUUUCUCAUCUGCUCAAGAUGAAACGUCCCCAAUGAGUACAAAAUAAUAGAUUUCAGUUUUAUGUGUAGUCUUUAGACCAACAAAAAGAGAUCAUCAUCCUUGUAAGUCCAUGUGGUACAUGUUUUUGAAUUGCAAUGCAUUAGAUUUUGGCUUAAAUAGAUAUUUUAGAGUCACUAACUCAGAAGGGGUGUGCUCAUUACUUGCUUUACUUCCAUUAGUAUGUUCCUGAAACAUUCUGCUUAUACUUGAUACAUCAAUCUGUGAAGGAUGCAUGUUUUUGGCCGAC